AUGUUCACAGAGUAACCCUAUUAUGAAGCUAAGGUCUUUCUUAAGUCUUAUAAUGAUGCCAUUACAUGUUUAAGAGAGGCAGCAGAACAAAAAGCUCAAGUUGAAUUCUAAGAACAUGUGCUUCAAUCACUUGCUACAGCUCGUACAAGAUAGGAGCUUGAUGUAAGAGAUGGUUAAGUGGUGCCAGGACUAAAUUUUGGGUAAUCAAAGUAGACCAAGCUUUUCCAAUUUUCAAAUCAUGUGUUUGCAAAAUAUUUGAAAGGGUUUGAAGAAUACAAUGGCAGUUUCAAGGGUUUCCAAUAGAUUGUGAUAGAGGGAUUGAAAAGGAUGAAAUCAGAUGUGAAAUGAGAUAUGAAUAAUGAAUAUAUAUUUAUUAUCUAAAA